AGAUGACAGUUUAUUGUUUACAAUUAACUAAGGGUUGUCGGCUGUCAACAACAUUUCCAGGAUGUCGAAGAAAUAUGGAUUAAUUCUGUCUGGUCGUAAGAAAGGUGCUGAGCCACCAAAAGCAGAUUUCACGAAAAAGUCAGUGUUUGGAAGCGAUGACGACUCCGAAGAAGGACCAGCGAAACCAGUUCCUACAAGUCCCGGUGCGAACGAGAAACGCCAGGCUCGACGUCUUCAGGAGAAAGCACUUGAGGAAGAUCCCACUAUUUUUCAAUAUGACGAGCUGUAUGACGACAUCGAAUUGAAAAGAACAGAAGAAAAAUCGAAGAAUAAGGAGACUCGCAAACCAAAGUAUAUAAACCGUCUGCUUGAGUGCGCGGAGCGGAGAAAACUGGAGAACGAACGUAGACUUGAACGUAUGGUGCAAAAAGAAAGGGAGAAAGAGGGUGAACAAUUUGCGGACAAGGAAUCUUUCGUAACGGGUGCCUAUCGAAAGAAGCUGGAAGAACUUAGAAAAGCAGAGGAACGGGAACAGCGUGAAGAUUAUCUAGAAGCGAUCGGGGAUGUAACCAAACAACAGGAUCUGGGUGGAUUUUACCGACAUUUGUAUGAGCAAAAGUUGAAAAUCAAGGAAGGAAUAGAAGACGUGGAAGAAAUUAAGGAUCCUUCGGGAAGUACUCCAGGGUGCGUUGAAAAAGAAAAGUCCUCCAUCAAACCUAGAACAUACCGCAAACGCCAUUCCUCAGAUGAUAAUGAAGAUAAUGGAGAAGCGAUUAUUAAAGAUUCAAUUUCUAAAAAGGCGCAUAUUCAAUCGAAUAUAGACGCCGAUUCAGAUUUCAGCAUUGACGAGUCUUCGACGGAUGAUGAGUGUGGUCCAUCGAAAGAGCAACCCACGGAAACACUUCCUUCUUCAAAGAACGCGGUUGCUUCUGCUAUUUCUAACCGGGACGUUGAGGAAAUAGAAACAAUAAAAGAACUAUCAAAUGGGGCAAUCAAAGAAGAAUGCGGAGAAAUUUCAAGCAACGAUGAAGAGAAGGAGAAAGUUGCAUUGAAGCCGGUAAAGAAAGAGAAGAAAGAUAUAUGGAAAAAGCGAACGGUUGGUGAUGUUUUUGAUGCAGCACUUCGAAGAUACUACGAGCGGAAAGCGGCGAGAAGUGGUUAGCUUCUACAUCGAUUGUGCAUGCUUCCACUCCAGCAAUUCAUUUCACUUAUGUUGUUCAAAUUCUGGCUAAAUAAAUCUACUUUGCAAUGAAACUUUGCUUUAUA